GUUGUGGUAUUAAGAUGGCAACUAUAUUUUUAAAAGGAAAAUGUUCAACUUUACAUAUAGCGUCUCUCAGUUAUUUAUUAUUAGUGUUAUGUAUUUCUUAUUGCUAACUUUUAAAAUGGAAACUUUAACGGUCUUUCGGAAUUUGUUUAGCUAAUAUGUAGCAGUGCGUCUCGUAAAAUUGAGUGCGUCGGUCAGUAAACGAGAUCUAUAUGGGUCAAUGCACUUCAAGUAAAUCUGGGAAAAUCCAUUUGUUCAACAAGAAGAAGAAAAACAAACACCUAACUUUAUUUCCAACUGACAAUAAGAUGGAGAAGGCGGGGGGAGGGAAAAAAAUUACACGAGGGCAGGCCACUUCUUUUGGAUUUCGAAAAGCCACACCUGAACCGCCACCACCGAAGAAAACUACCCAGGAACAGUGUAACUCCUUCGGUUUCAGGAAGCCCACAGCUACUGAACAGGCUGGUCCGUUCAGUGCAAAGAAGAAUGCUAAACCAGAACCGGUGAGCGUAAAGAAGACUGAACAACCAGCGGUGACCGUCCAAGAGACAAUACAACCCUUACUUAUUGCACCCGUCCGGCCAAAAUCCCAAAAUUCAUGUGGGGCAAGGCCGAAAGAAACGAAACCCGUCAACAGAUUCGGCUUCAGAGGUCCUCAACUUUCAAACAAAGUAGCUGAUGUUGACGCAUCAUCUUCCCACAGUUUGGUGCAUGCCGACUCCGUUAUAGAAAUUCAACAAUUAGAUCAUAGUCCAUCUAUGACUAACAAAUUCCGACAAACCCAGCACCAAUUACAACUCCAGCAUGAGCUAAACUUGCAACAACAAAGAGAAGAGCAAAUUCAACAGCAAAUGGCUUAUUCAUCAAAUGAUGAGACAGGCGAUGAAGGAUUUGAAACUUCUACAGAAGAAAAACAGAUUAGGGAUACAGAAGCUAAUGAGAAGGAUAUACUAGGCAGCGGGGAAAGUCCGUCUGAAGAAAUGUGGGGAAGAGGGGAAGCUUUAUGUGAUGAAGAACUAUGCUCUAGUUUCGCACAUAUUGAUAAAUCUCCAGAAACUCCACCAUUAAGAUCAGUCCUGCUGAAGAUAGAAGACCCAACGUUCGCCCCGUUAGCAGCAUUAUCUCAGUCUGCUCUCCUAGAAGAUGAAACGUUACCAGAUUCACCUGAUUUAUCCUGUUCUUCGUCACCCUCUUCAGUCGAACCUCUACCGCCCCCACCACUUUCGCUUUCAGCCAAAGAUUCUCCUGGAAGUCCAGGCACACCAACUCAUGGCUCCAAUUCCUUGAGUGGGUCAGACACUAGGGAUAGAGACUUCUUAAUAGACGAUGAAAUCGCUGACCAGCCGGGAUUAGUUUUUGACAACAGGGUGGGGCAUAGGCUUGUCGACACUACGAGGAAAAUUCAAAAAUUGGCUGAUGAAGUAUCUGAAGCGUUAGCGUCAGUCAAUCCAAGACUUACAGGAAGCAGGCAGUCUGUGAGCACUUUAUCGCCUUGUGACUCUCUCACCUCUGAUGAUCUCAUGGCUGAUUUUGAUACUUCGGAUUUCGAUGAAUUGGACGAUGCCGCAUUGAAAUCCGAACUGCAAAACCAAAGCAGCCAGGUGAUGAGAGAGUGGAGCAACCUGCUGACGUCGCACCCAGGCCUGAAGAAUGGUCGACGAAAACCUAGACUCAGCGGAGGCAGCACAAGUAGUGGUGGUGGAGGAGUUCUUGAUUCGCCACAAUCUAUUGCGAGUCCGAUUCGAACUAGCAAAAAAGUAAGCGUAAGUUCACCUGGUGAAGAUGGAAGUGAUGACUCUGGAAUCAGGGUUGAUAGAGACACAUAUCAGCUCAUUUUUCAGGACGUAAUAAGCAUUAAAUCAAUGCUAGUCAGACUUCAAAGGACUCUUCAAGAUGAGCCAACGACUGUGACAAAUCACACGGAAGACCAAGGUGAGGAGUCAGCCGACUUACGUAGACAGAUAGUUCUAUUGCGUGCUCAAUUGGAGGAGGAGGAACGGAAGAGAGUGAAAUUGGAGGAAGAACUCCACAAAGUUCGACCUCAACCUCAAGGACAAUCAGUCCGCACUUCUGUGAACAAAGCGACCCAAACGGACAGGAUCCGACCAGUGUCUACCAGUCAGGCGCUGUUCCAGACUUCCCCCGAUAACUCUUCAUCUUCGUUUGUGAGUUGUUUGAAUGAAAGAAAGAACAGUGGGAAGGGGCAGAGGUGUCGACGCACUGAUUCUCAUUAAUUUAUCCUAGAUAUUGAAAGCGGAUUCUUCAGUAUUAAUGUUUAUUAUGUAAAAUAAUUGUGUAUCUUAUUGUUUAUAUAUUAUUUCUUUUCAAUUUUAUUUUGGUGUACAUAUUUAGGAUUAUCUAUUUAUUAAAGUGACUAUCUUGUGAUUUUUAUGAUUUAUUAUUUUGUCGAAUCUCUAAGAGAUGUUUAGUUGAAUCAAAAUGAUGCUAUUUGUGAUAUUUUGUUAUCAAUCGUUUUUAUAUGAUUUAUAUGUUGCAUUGUGGAAUAUUUAAAAAAAUAUAUAAUUCUGAAUAUUCAUGUCUAAUAAUCAAACCAUGUAUUGAUUGUCAAGUAAAUUCGUUCUUUUAGGUUUUAGUUGUCAUAAAAAUUGAUAUAGCACUUAUUGAAUGCAGGAUUCCAAUACAUAUUUUAGUUACCAGUUUUUACAAAUAAAUAAAAUUUUGCUUACUUUAUCAGAAUAGUAUGAUUUAUUAAACCUAUGUAUUAAAUUUAAUUAAAGUGUUAAACAAAAUUAAAAUAAAUUAUUUGACAUGAAUAUUCAUGAACAUUAUAAUUUGUAUUAUAUGGUAAUUUAUUUUUUUUUUUAGUUUUAAUUUUAAAAUUUUUGAGAAAUUUUAUAUUUAUAGAAUAGAUAAGAUGUUUACUAUCUACCCGUUAGAUGGAUACAAAUUUAUAUGUUGUUCAUGAAAUAUAUAUUGUUCUUACAGCCUCUAUAUUGGAAAGCCUGUAACCUUACCAUUUCAGAUCUAGCGUAUCUAUAAGGAUAUGAUGAAUUAUUAGAUAUUUAUUUUAAAAUGUUGAAAAGCAAUAGGUUAUAACUCCCUUUCCAAAAUAUAUAUUUAUAUCCACAUCA